UCCGCCCCACCCCUCGCAAACAUCAUCACCGCCACUGCACCUCAAUCAGGAAGCGCGGAUGCGUUGUUUUCAUUCUUAUUUGUUUUUAUUUUAGACACAGAGACACUUUGCUGAACGUAGCGAAUCAGAAAGAGGCGGAAAAGGCGAUAAUUUCGAGGCUGUAAACAGUGUUGAAAUCUGCUGAAAGAAGACUGUCAGUGUGUUACAUCCAGUCCAGGAUCCGCUGCUGUGGAUGCAUUUGACACAGACUAACCGGAGAAGAAGGUCUCUGUCAGCAGCAUGGGACAGCAUCUAGGAAAGAGGGACGUCCACACGGACAGAAAGGCUUCGUCACCUGACCCCAGCGUAGAGCCAACAGGAACAGCAGCAGAGCCCGAAACACAGGAUGAAGUUUUUGGCCUGGUCCAAGCAGAUGCCAGCCAGAACAAUGGCCACAUCUCGGAGAAGCCGGCGGUGACAGACUCCUCGGGCGCUGAGGGCCCCCACCAGCUCUGGACCUCAGCCAGCACAGCUGACCUUGACGCCGCCACGCCACGCCCCCACCUGGUCCGCCUCUUCUCCCGAGAUGCUCCGGGCCGGGAGGACAACACCUUCAAAGAGCGACCCUCCGAGUCGGAUGAACUGCAGACCAUCCAGGAGCACAGCGGAGCGGCUUCAGAGUGCGGGUCGGAGAGCCCCGAGCAGGACUUAGAUUAGGCUGACUUUUGUUUUUUUCUUUCCCUCUCCUCUCUUUCUGUUCCUUUUCCAUCUUUGCGCUUUGCUCUCUCAUUUACGAGAGGCGCUUAAGUCCCCCCAA